AAUUCUUGUUGUAUCUUUGGGUAUUCUGAUGUGACUUGGAAUCAAAGUGGGAGUAUAGUUAUUGUAAUUCUAAAAAUGUUGAAGGUCUUUUCCUUCCCCAAGGGUUCCCAUGGUCCCCCUCCCCCAUUCCUUUUCUCUUCUUUCAACUGGUAUCUGAGCUCCAGUGGGUUCAACUUGUUAGUAGCUUUGCAUAUCUUGCUUUUUUUACAAUAAUUGUCUAUUUAACUGUGCAAAUGAAAUGAGAUGUGAGAUUUUUAAUAGUGGCUAUUGAUUAAUAUUUUAUGUUAAUAUAGGUCAUUAUCUGCAGUAAAGGUCCAUGAAAAUGAUGAAAUGGACUUGGAGAGUGGUAAGUUGGAAAAGGACAGAGAUAAAACAAUACGUAGUAACAAGAUAGUUAAAAUACAAAAUCAGGCCUUAUUAUCUGGCCUUGCAUAUUGCAUUUCCUCCUGCAGUAUGAUACUGGUAAACAAAUUUGUGCUCUCUAGCUAUGAUUUCAACGCGGGGAUAUCUUUGAUGCUGUACCAGAACUUUAUAUCCGUUGUUAUUGUCUCUAUACUGAGUUCUCUGGGCCUAAUAUCGACAGAACCACUAACGUGGAGAUUGAUUAAAGUCUGGUUACCUGUGAAUGUCAUAUUUGUCGGGAUGCUUGUUACAAGCAUGUUUAGUUUGAAAUAUAUUAAUGUAGCCAUGGUCACGGUCCUGAAGAAUGUCACUAAUGUAAUUACUGCUGUUGGUGAAAUGUAUCUAUUUAAGAAGCAUCACGAUAGCAGGGUGUGGACUGCUUUGUUCUUAAUGAUUAUUUCAGCAGUUUCUGGAGGGAUAACUGAUCUGUCAUUUCAUGCCACUGGAUAUGCAUGGCAGAUUAUAAACUGCUUCUUAACUGCGUCGUAUUCUCUGACCCUACGUAGAGUCAUGGAUACUGCAAAGCAGGUCACCAAAUCCGGGAACUUGAAUGAAUUUUCAAUGGUCUUGCUAAAUAACACACUUUCAUUGCCUUUGGGGAUUCUUCUUAUUUUUGUUUUCAAGGAGGUUGAUUAUCUCUGCACAACACCACUUCUAAGGAUGCCUGACUUCUGGUUGGUAAUGACAUUAAGUGGAUUUUUGGGUCUGGCAAUCAGUUUCACUUCAAUGUGGUUUCUUCAUCAAACAGGGGCUACCACCUACAGCCUCGUGGGAUCAUUGAAUAAAAUUCCUCUCUCUGUUGCCGGGAUUGUUCUUUUCAAAGUCCCUACUAGUUUGGAGAACUCUGCCAGCAUCUUCUUUGGUCUUUUGGCAGGAGUGUUUUUUGCAAGAGCCAAAAUGCGAGAGAGAUCUUAAUCCUGAGUACAGUUUUGCAUUUUGGGUCAGUUUGCAUCUGACAACUUUUGAGCAUUGUUAUCACUAGGAAUCUAUCAACCAGUUCUCACCGAAGACAGAAAAUAGGGUGGCCAAUUGGUUCCAACCAAGUGUAGUUUGAUGCCAAAUCUUGGUCGGCGAUGAUUGGAGUUACACGAGUUUGGCAUCUGUUUUUGUUUUUGUUUGUAACAAAGGAGGGUGCCACCACUUAAUUCUUUUCCUUUUCCUUUUGUUGUAUUGGAGACCUUAUUGGUUUUCCCCUGUGUAUUUUGCAAAUUCUUAAUAUUAACUUAUGUAUGCCCUUUGUCAAACUUCUAUUUAAAUGAAAAAAAGUCACGCGAAAUUUCUUUUUUAAAA